CAACAAGAAUCCGUCAAUGUCAUAUUCACAGCAUACAGUGGUAUUGAUAUUUAGACUACACUGUAUUGCAUCAUAUCAAAUCCAUGACAUGUUAGAAAUGACGAUCUCCGAGGCAGUGAAAAGACUUCUUGAUUGAGGUGCAAAUGUGUCUGUUUUAAAGCAGAAUAUAAUAUUGUUAUAUUAUGCAAUAAUAGCAUAUUUCUCUCAUUUCUGUCCUAAAAUAUGUACAGAAUGUGCAAAUAUGUGAGGUUUUCUUUCCCAUUGUGUGAGUGUGUUUUCUGUGCAUAACUUUUUGUGGUUUAAUUUUGAGCUGCUCACACACACUUACACUGAAAAAUGAAACGGUUGCGGUUUAGUAUGUGUAUCUGAUUAAAAGUGAGAUUCUAGAUGUCCUCACCUUAACCAGGCUGCAGUUUCGUUUCUCUUUCUUUUUUCCUAUGUUAUUCACUUGCUUGCUUCUUUCUCACACACACACACAUAUAAAGGAUGUAUGGCACCUGAUUUGAAGACCAGAAGGUUCUGCCAGGUAACAACUGGCUGCAGGGUGCUGAUUCGGAGCGGCUGGUAAUGACUGCGAGAUCAAAGCGCUGAGUUUAACGGCACAGAGACUCUGACAGAGAGGAGGCGGCUUUUGUGUCUGAAUCAGCAGAGAUUUGCAGAUGAGGUGCCACUAUUGUCUUUCCAAGUGAAGCCGAGAUGCUGUUGAGAGACUGAAGUCUGAAGUUGGAUCUAAAGCCAAGACGAGUUUCAUUUGGAUUGAAAUUAAUGGAGGCUUGCUUUGGGCGAGGCUAAGGUGACUCUCCUCAUCUCUCCUCCUUUACACGCUCUUGCCCUCCUCUCAUUAAUUCGAGAGGAGGGGUACAUUGCCUCCUGUAUCGCCCUUGACAAGAAACAGUGGUUAUUCUCAAACAUAAAGAGGGAAACACUCCGAUUUUACCGAGCGAUCGGCUGCUGAUGAAGUCCUGCCAGACACUGAAGGAGGAGGUGUCCGGCCCGGAGAUGAUGUCUCAAGAGGAGGGGCAAAUGACUCAACCCUCCCAAACAUACUUCCACAACACCUCACAGUCACCGAUGCCCUCUGACCUAAACCCCCAUCCUGCCCCGACUCAACCGUUCUACCAGGAAGGGUCUGGAACAGAUGCAACGAAGAGUGGAAACUGUGGGACGUCUGAGGAUUCUGAAGCUGAAGAGGGAGCAGGGGCGGAGGACGAAUUCAAACGAGGACAGAUCAUUGUAGAGGUCAACCUCAAUAACCAGACCCUGCACGUGUCCAAAGGAGACGACGCAGCAAAUGCAAACACCGCCGGAGACGACAAGAGCAAUAGUGAGGAAGAGGAGGUAGAAGAGGAGGAGGAGGAGGAGGAAGAGGAGGAUGACGACAGUGUUGAAGAUGACUACAGUGCUGAGGAGGAUCUGGAUGAGGAGGAUCAAGAUGAUGAGGAAGAGGAAAACAACAGUCGGCGAACAAGAGCACAGCGUGCACACAGGAGUCGAGCCGCAGCUCCGCCACAGCGAAAGAGUCGCCGCGUUACCACUUCAUCAACUGGGAGCGUAACCACUGGGACUGCUGGCGUUACGACAAGGGGGCGGAGGAAGAAUGCUGAGGGCCCGCCCCAAAAGCGUAGACCUGCCAAGGAGCCCAAAAGCUCCGCCUCCUCCACCUCAGGAGCGACAGUCGCGGGAAGAGGAAGAGGGGCCAAGGGAGAGGGUGAGGAGAAAGAGACGCUAGCGUGUGAAAAAUGUCCACGUGUGUUCAACACCCGCUGGUACCUGGAGAAGCACAUGAAUGUGACGCACAGACGCAUGCAGAUCUGCGACAAGUGCGGGAAGAAGUUCGUGCUGGAGAGUGAACUGGCUCUUCACCAGCAGACAGACUGCGAGAAGAACAUCCAGUGUGUGUCAUGCAGUAAGUCCUUUAAAAAGCUGUGGUCCCUCCAUGAGCAUAUUAAGAUUGUCCAUGGCUUUGCCGAGAAGAAGUUUGCCUGUGAGAUUUGUGAGAAGAAAUUCUACACCAUGGCUCAUGUCCGUAAGCACAUGGUCGCUCACACAAAGGACAUGCCGUUUACCUGUGAAACCUGUGGAAAGUCUUUUAAGCGCAGCAUGUCACUGAAAGUGCAUUCACUGCAGCAUUCGGGAGAGAAGCCCUUCCGUUGUGAGAACUGCGACGAGAGGUUCCAGUACAAAUACCAGCUGCGGUCUCACAUGAGCAUCCAUAUAGGACACAAGCAGUUUAUGUGCCAGUGGUGUGGCAAAGACUUCAACAUGAAACAGUAUUUCGACGAGCACAUGAAGACACACACAGGUGAGAAGCCGUUCAUCUGUGAGAUCUGUGGGAAGAGUUUUACCAGUCGGCCCAACAUGAAGCGGCACCGGCGCACGCACACGGGGGAGAAGCCAUACCCUUGCGAAAUCUGCGGCCAGCGUUUCCGCUUUUCCAACAUGCUCAAGGCGCACCGAGAGAAAUGCUUCCGGGUCACCAGCCCGGUCACCCUUCAGCCUGCCAGCAUGGCACUUCCCAUUCACCUUACCGGCCACACCCCUUCUUCAAGCCACACCCUUAGCCCAACCCAGCCCACUCAGUCGACGCCUGUGGGCCCCGUAAUGAUCAGUCCUGCCACAGCCGGGCCCCUGCCACAACGGGUGGUCACCGCCCACGGCUUCUCUCAUUUGCACAUGCAGACGGUGCCCGUGCAACAUCACCCCGCACACACUCACACUCCUGUCCAUCACACAGGACACGCCCCCAUGACGAGCCACGCCCCUCAGCAGAUCUCAGUGCAGCCUUCUGUCCUGCCCCCUCCCCCCGCCCUGUUCAAGAGUGAGCCAAUAAACCACUGCGCGCACGAGGACUCGUACCUGCGACAAGGCGCCGCUCCGCAACACCACUGAAACACAGUGUCUCGUACACAAACUCACUAAUGUGAAAUCAGCAGACGGAUGGACAACAUGCAUCUAAUUCACAGGAAUCGGAAAGCUGGAACUCAGUCAAAUGCAAUGAAAUGUGUAUGUGUGUGUGUGUGUGUGUGUGUGUGUGUGUCUGAGAUACAGAACUGAUACUACAAAGCAACUUGCCACUAGCACUCGUGACCAAACAGGAUUGAUCUCUGUGAACUGAUCUCUAUAACACAAGCGCAAACUUCCUAAAGCAUUACUUGGAUUCACUUCACCUCGCUACAAACUCUGUCACAACGAUCAAAACAAUGGGCCGCUGGGAUUUCAGUGGCACAAACGUGGAUCUCUCUCUCUCUAACUGUUUAUCAACUCAGCUGCUGUUGCAAAGGUUCUACGGGUUCAAGCGUUCACAGGUUAAAGGUCUAGAUUUCAAAAAAUGCAGUGUAACCUCUUUAGAAAUGCAGGUCUUCCAGACAAAGGAAAAUGUUCCUGUUCUACAUAACAAAUCAUAUACAAGUCAUUACACAAAAAAUAGUCUACAGCACUUAGUAGUCUGAAUGACUGAAACGUAUCUGUUGCCGGAUUGUGGUUGUCAACUAUUUUAUUCAGAUAUAGGUGUUUUCUUUCUUUCCUCUUUCUUUUUUUUUUUUUUCAUCAAAUAAAAUACAAAUAUGCUUACUGGGUAAUACCUGUAGCUCUCCGGCUUGUUCAGUCGGAGAUCGAGACUGUUAAGGAAGACCAAUGCUGUGAUGUGUCAUAGGAAGACUGCAACUAAAGGCAAAUUUAUUAGUUUUACUGUAUGUUCUAUACAACCUAACUCACUUACCGAUAUUUUUAUUUGUAUAAAGUAGAUGCUCUGUGAGACUUUUUAAAAAGAAAAUCGGAUUUCUAUGUUGAAUUGAGAUGCGUGCUUGUGAGAGUCUGUAUGAUGGGUUGGAAAAUGCAGAAAGAGUUAGUUUCUAAUCAUAUAUUCAACCGAAUGUAGGAGAGGAGUGUGUGUCUGUGUGUGUGUGUCUGAAUGAUCUUUUGUCUGUGGUGCUGGUAUCAAAAGCUGCUUUUUAGUUGCUCUCUGUCUUUUCCUGGUACAUGAUUCUUUAUCAUGCAGAUGAUUAGUGUGUGAGUGAGUGUUAGAUAGUGACAUUAGGAGCAGCACAGAUAAAGUGAAAGACUUGAGUCAAUCAGACUCGGCUGACUGAUUGAUUGUCAAAUAUUUUUGUUCUCUCUCAUUAGACAAAGGCAUCUGUCCUCUGCACUUUACUGCCAAGUAAGAGGUUUGCGCAACUGACAAAGAAUUGUUUGUCAUGUGUCUGACAUGUGAAAGAUGGCUGGCUCUUGGAAAAUGGGGAGAAUCACAAGGGGAUUUGGUCAGGAUUCUUUGUUAUACGUCAGAGAACUGCAGUUUGUGCCAUAAGAAGUUGUGUUUUGCCUUCAUGCCCCUCCCUUUUCACCUCUUAUUAGUUCAGGUGGCUGUCAAUCAUAUGCUUUUUUUAUUCUUUAACUCAAUGUGUUUUGGGCUACUUGUCUGAUUCUCUCCAUUCUCCAUCAGUUGAUGGAAUGCACUUUCUAAUAAAACCUUGCUAGAUAAGAAAAAUAAGCAGACCAUAAUAAUGUUUAUUCUUGUGAGGUGUUUUUACUCAAAUCUCUUCUCAGCUAGUAUGUUUCAACUUCUCUACCCUCUGGACUUCAGCAAUGUUUUAUUGUUAGCGUUGUGUCUGGUACAGAAACAUCUGACCUUCGUUGAGAUCUGUUUUGUAUUGCUUUCCUGUUUUUGAGACACCAUGAUCGACUUGCAUUAAUGUUGGGCCUUUUUUAUAUUGUUCAUUUAACACUUUCUGCUAACUUUACAGAAGUAAAAUUUAAUUAGCCAC